UCUGCCUAUGUCUCUCUCCCUCGCUCCAUCCACACCAAAGCUUCUUUAGGCUACUUUGCGCAUGUACGGCCAGUCAAACCGAGCAUUGCAUCGACUCCAAGAUGGCGAAAACACGUCUGGCUUGUGUCCUGACUCUCCUCUCAACUCACUAAUGGGUCCUUCAUAUCAACGUAGGUCCUCUUCACGGUGCCCGCCGUGUUGCACCGCCAUGUUUCCACAGAAGCUCACCUUACGGUACCUGAAGGCCACUGGAGUUCUCAGACACCCUCUGAAAGGGAGGAGUGAUGGCUACUUCAGCGCGUUGGCAGUGGUGCUGAAGACAAACAACGAAUCGCCGUGGACCAACGAGUUUGACAGAAUCGAGUUAUCCUGUCUGAUUGAGUCCAUUUCCACAAGCAACCCCAGGAUCGAAUGGAAGAAGAUAACGAACGAGGGGCCGAGUUACGUGUACUUUGACGGGAAGAUCUCAGGUGACCUGGAGAACAGAGCGGUGAUCAGAGAACCCGCCACGCUGGUGAUAACCAACGCCACGAGGUCGGACACGGCCAAAUACCGCUGCGAGGUCACCGCCGCCGCCGACCAGAAGUCAGUCGACGAGAUCGUGAUUGACCUCGUUGUGAGAGUGAAGCCGGUGGUGCCGAAAUGCAGCGUCCCAAAGUCGGUGCCUUUUGGGAAGUCGGCCGAGCUGAGCUGCAUGGAGGAGGAGGGCUUCCCCAAGUCCCAGUACCAGUGGUUCAAGAACAGGGAGGAGAUUCCAGACGACCCAAAGUCCAGCCUCAAGUUCUUCAACUCCUCGUACACGCUCAACGCAGACACAGGGACUCUGAAGUUCAUCGCAGUGAGAAAAGAAGAUGCAGGUGAGUACUCCUGCCGAGCGAAGAACGAUGCAGGAUACUCUGAGUGUCCACCGCAGAAGAUGGAAGUCUACAACAUCGAUGUUGUGGGGAUUGUUCUGGGAGUGCUGGUGGUGGUCGUGGUGCUCGUAUGUAUGACAGCGGGGAUCUGCUGUGCGUACAAGCGAGGCUACUUCUCCAGCCAGAAACAGACAGGGAACAAUUACAAAGUUCCAGCUAAAGGAGACGGACUGGACUACGUCAGGACGGAGGACGAGGGGGACUUCCGACACAAAUCGUCAUUCGUGAUCUGAGGAGGGAUGGAUGAGGGGCCCCGCGCUGAGCCAGAGGCGUGACCUGUGGGGACCUGAGCUCCAUGCUGUCUGACCACGGAGCCGCCACAGUCCACGCGCUCUGAGCUCUCAGCGUGACCGACAUCCAACUCGCUCAAGUUUGCCAAAGGUGACGAGAUUUUUCACGGGACAACAACAUGCCGAACUUUAGAUUACACAACCUAGUGGACUGAGAUUCAUUCGUCAGACUUUUUACCGCCGCCAACCGAAUUCUUUUGCUAAAUGAUGGAGUUCUUACUUUACAGCUGUCGCAUGGUGUGAGAAACACCGACCGAGGUGUUCUUUGUUCUGCCAGGUAGGAAAGGAGGAGCGUCUUCCCUCCAGUUUCUACUUCUGCUUCAAAACCUUCUCGUCAUUUGUAUAACCUUUGUUUUCUACUGUUGAAAUUUGUCAGACUAUUUUUGAUGGAAUAUAUUUUAAAAAUGCCUAUAGAUAAAGGUUUACUUUUUUAAAUAUUUGUAAAAUACUAACGUGUUUUUUUUUUUUUUUUUUUUUUUUUUUUUGGUCGCGGAUAAAAAGAAAUAUGUAACAUUUCAACCAGAUCAGGCUGUAAGCAUCGACAAGACAAGAAAAAAAGAAAAAAGAAAGACUUGAAUCGGCAUAUCGCGCUGUGCUUCUUGAUUGGCGGUCUUACAUAUUUAAUUUCCUGCCGGCUUUUUGUCGUGAGACUCUUCCAGGUCCAUGUUUGUAGAUAGUCUUAGUGAGAGGCUUUGAAGAGUGCCAGUCCAAUGCUGUGAAACACUGCACACAAUCAGUGCUGCAUUUUCUUGAUUUUAAGUGUCCUUCUAUGCUUGCUGUUGAUCUUGUAUAUAUUGAAUUUGCUGUCCAGGAUAGAGUUUUGCUGUCGUAUGUACGUUCAGUAUUACACUAUAAUAAUUAUGGUAAUAGUAAAACAGGGUUAGUUGGUUAACCUUCCAGACCUAAAGAAAAGGAAGUUGUAAUACGAGACGUGAUACGUUUUACUGUGUAAAAGCCCUCGAUUUGAAUUCUCAAUGGAAACAAAUUGGACAGAGAGCUUCCUGUUCCUGCGAGGGACAGCUGAGCACUUUGUUAUUUUGACUACUGACUCGCAUAUAUUUAAGCCCCAUUCACUGAAGGUACCGAGAACAUACGCAGAAAUGCCCCAGCUCUACAGUACACUCAGACUGCUGCAGUCAGGUGUACACUCUGUUUCAAUACUAUUCUUUGCUAAUAUUUGUGCAAAUUAGAGAGUAGACCUCAUUUUACAUUUCUAACCUUUAUUGUUUUAGUUGAUCUGACCCGACACUUCAGUGGGACAGUGGUAGACAGCUGGGGUCUGGAGGGUUAACAGUUGUACUGAUUGUAUAUAGAUAUUUGUAUUUUUUUUUCUCUCUCGCUCAAGAUUAUGUAAAGUGGUGAAAAAAUGUAAAAUGUCCGAUUUGAGGCGACAUGAAACUUUCCAUUUGUAAGACUGAGAAACGGUAACAUUUUAUCAUAUCAUUCAUAACACGAGUACGGAAGCCCUGAGAGGUCAUUUUUCUGAUCCAUAUUCUGAGUGAUCUCAAUAGUUCUCUCUCCUGUUUAUGACUUAAGAACAGGUGGACAAAAGGUUGCAUGGAUCAUUUUUCAAAGUUACUUUGUUAUAUGUGAAAACAGGUUAAAAAAGUUUUUGCUGGUGAUUAUUUUUUGUCAUGAACAUUUUUUUGUGUCAUUGUAAUACUCACUGUGACCACAAGAGGCUGCAGUGCACCUCUUUGCACUCUAAACACAACUCCACGUUUAUUGUGUGUUAACAAGCUUUGUAGAUUAAACCUCACCUGGAAGAGAGCAUGAAGGCCUUUAGUCUUUCUAGAACACGGGUUAGUGGUGCACUUAAGCCUCUUGUGGCCAGAAUGGACAUUACAACAACAAACACAAACAAAAAAACAUUAUCCUGACAUUAAUAUAAAAAAGGUUUUCUACUGAUGAAGAAAAAUGAUCCCAGCUAAACCUGUUUUCACCUGUUCUUCAGUCAUUAACAGAAGAGAGAAAACAAUUUAGAUGAGAAGUAGGAAAUGGAUCACCAGAAGUUUAUUUUCUCACUGGCCCUUCAAGGCUUCCAUACAUGAACAAGAGCUUCUUUACAACAGCACGGCAAGUGCAGUCAUGAUUCGACCCCUGUGUCGGUAUUCAGAACAAACCGCUCACUGUUUCAAAGCUCUGUUGCUUUUGGCUCCUUCUCGUAACUUUUGGAGGCUCCAACCGGAUAAAACAAACACACCUGAUCCGUAUCAGACUUCCAUGCAGCUCACACGAACCUCUUGUUCAGCAGUUAUGAAGUGAGAAGUGUGGCAAGAUGUUAACCGAGUCCCAGUCGUGGUAGAGACGAUCUGCCCAACAUUUGCACAGAGGAAGAAGAAAUACUGCUUUUUCCAAGUUGCAUUAAGAACCAUGAGAAAUAUGAAUCCUGCUACAGGUGCUUUUCUGUUUAUGGUGACGUACAAGUCACGCAGCACACAGACGCAUACGUUUCCUCACCUUCAGGUGUACGAGUUUCAUUCCUCUUAAGUGCCUUCUGCCUGUACAGUAGUCGGGUUUCUCCACAGCCAUGCUCCCCCUCCACGUGCACAUGGCUACAUGAUGCUGUCGGAGGCGUCGUGUUUUACAUCCAUGGAACCACACGCGCGGCGUUUGAGAGGAAUGAUGUCACCGCAAAGUUUCCACCUCCCUUCUUUUACAUACGUAUCUGCAAAUUUGUAAAUAGCCUUUUUUUUCAUAGAUUUGAAGCUGUAGACAUGUUGAAGUAGAAAUAGAAAUAUAUUGGUGCCUAAAUAUAGUGGGAUUAUUUUUGGUAAAGACACAUAGCACUAUUAGGCAAAAGGAAAAAAUGGACACCCAUUGACAUGCGAGCUCUGGUUUAUAACGCGUUUUAAAAAUGACACACUGUCCUGGUGUGUGUGUUUUUUUGUUUGUUUUUUUCUAACGCCUACAGCCAGGGGGGGGGGGCAUUUCAUUUUUGAAACCCACCGCCGCUCCACGGCUCGCAACGAUGAACACGAUGUCCAAACCGAGAGUUGACUCAGUAUUCAUGAAAAGUGCCAUGCAGCAGUAACGGAGCUCUCAUUAUUCAGGUGGUUGCUACGUUUUCUAUGAAGCAGAGCUCAUGCAAAGCGUCAUCCACAACAACAAACAGGACAGCAUGUAGGCCCACACUCACCCCACGGGCAGCCCCCGAAACAAGGCUGUCUGCGAUCUGGCUGGAUGGUGCGAGGAUGGAGCCUUAUGUGGACGAGAUGGUGAGAGACGGUUCACUGUGUGUGUGUGCGUGCGCGUGCGUGCGUGCGUGUGUGUGUGUGCGUGCGUGCGUGCGUCAAACCAAGCUCACUCACUGUCUUUCAACUCCAGGAGGGCAGCGCUCCACCGAUCCAACACCGGUAGAACUGUUCUAGACUGAGGACUUGGUCCAACGAGUAAGAGGGCGGGAUGCUCUGAACCAAAGUCACAUUCAGUAGAAUGUGACUUUGGGGCCUGCUGGGGGGUUGUUUAUGCUCUUUUCAGAACCACUCUAUUUGUGAUUAAUAAAAACUCACUUCUAACAUGA